UGAUACACUAUUGUGAAACAAAGACAAGUCAGGCAAUCCAGGCAAGGUCAGUGCCUCGGCACGAGGCCCUUUCCCAUGAAUAAUCAUCCUCGAAUAUCCCGACUCAUUACUGAUUCCCGACACGACGGGAAAUAAAACACUCGGCAACUCCUCAAUCUGAGCGGAAGGUUCAUGGCCACCGUCCAUUGCAGACGGUCUGAGAAUAUACCGCUUCCUCCGGGGUUUGAGCUGGGUAAUCUUUUGCCUUGAAUGUAUGUUCAACAGUCCUACAAAUAGCUUGGGAGUUUAAGUAUCUUUGCUGUCAACGUCUAUAUCAACAUCUCUCAGUGUACCCACAAUGGCACAAGAAUCAAAAACUCCGAUUCAGUUGGGCUUCAUCGGUCUCUCAGCAACUGGAUGGGCCGCUAUAGCUCUCGCACCUCCACUCUUUGAGGAACCUCUAUCUUCCAAAUACUCUCUCGUUGCCGUAUCCACGUCUAAACCCGAAUCAGCUGCAGCCAGUGCAGCGAAAUAUUCCGAACUCGCCUCGAAUUCCACAGGUACCUCAGUCACUGUCAAACCGUACCACGGGUCAGCAAAGCAUAUCGCGUCAAAUAUAGACGUCGGUAUGGUUGCUGUAUCCGUCAAAGUCCUGGACCAUAAGGAGGUUGCGAGUGAGGUAAUUAAAGCUGGGAAGGAUCUUUUCAUUGAGUGGCCGGCUGGUGUUCGUCUUGCAGAGACGAAGGAAUUGUAUGAGGCUGCGAAGGCCAAAGGAAUUAGAACCAUGAUCGGGUUCCAGAGCAGGUUUACCGCGUAUGCGUUGAAGGCUAAAGAAAUCAUUGACAACGGUGACCUUGGUAAAAUCCUUUCCUCUACUUUCAUUGUUUCCCUCACUGGAUACUGGGGUCGCUUAAUGCCCGCGAACUAUGACUACACCCUGUCCUCGUCCAACGGAGCCACAAUGCUUGACAUCCCUGGCGGCCAUGCUCUUGACAUGUUCACCCACAUCCUCGGGCCCAUCUCUUCUCUAUCUGCUAUCAUAAAAAACCAAUUCCCUUUGACAACACUCACGGACUCAGACGGCAAUCCCACCGAUAGAACCGUCCCAAACGAUUCGCCAAACCAAGUUUGCGUUACCGGCACAUUAGCCAAUGGGGCCUUAUUUACCGUUCACUUUCAAUCUCCUGUGAAAGAAGCUGACUUUAACUGGAUCAUCAACGGAGAGAACGGUGUUCUUCGGAUUGUUGAUGAGUCUGACCGGACGACCAAACGGGGAUUUUUCGACGCAACUCCGGAUGUGUAUUUGAACGGAGAGAAAGUCGCUAUUGAUGCGGACAAUAUUACUAGGAGGACUGGGUUGAAUUGGCAGGCGUUCGCUGAUGGAGAGGUAUCACAGUAUGCGGACCUUGAACAAGCUUUGAAGGUGAAAGAGAUUUUACAGGCGAUUGUGAGGAGUUCGGAAGAAGGAAAGCGAGUUGAGAUGCAAUGAAUCGAUAGAUGGAUAUGCAUCUCGGUCAAAGAUGGGGUCGUCUGACUACCCUCACGGUGAGUGCUCAUCCCGCAUGGUGAUAAGGUAGACGUACACACAUGCAGAAAAUUGUAUCCGAUGAGGUUUUGAAAAUAUGAAGAGCCCUCAGAAUGAAUAAGGUGAUAAUAAUGAGUUUG